AGGCAACCCGGGCUAACAAACAUGGCGCUGUCCAGUAGAUUCAUGCUCUUGAAUGUACAAUCAACCCGUAGGCUUGCUAAAAGAUGCCUUUGCUCAAGUAUAAAUAAUGAGAAUGUCACAUUUCCGGAACGGGUGUUCUCCGGAAUUCAGCCAACUGGUAUUCCACAUAUCGGUAAUUACUUUGGUGCCAUCAAAAACUGGAUCCGCUUACAAGACACUCAUAGCAGUGUCAUGUAUAGCAUUGUAGAUCUACAUUCAGUCACAGUACCGCAAGAUCCGGCCAUCCUUAGAGAAAACAUUAUGUCUAUGACAGCUUGUCUGCUGGCCUGUGGAAUCGAUCCGGACAGAGGAAUAUUGUUUCAACAGUCACAGGUACCUUAUCACACGGAACUUGCCUGGAUCCUGGGAUGUCAAUGUACACUAAGUCGUCUGGCACAUCUACCUACAUGGAAAGAAAAGUCAGCGGCAACGAAAGACGCACUGCUAGGAUUGUAUACGUAUCCAGUUCUGCAGGCAGCUGAUAUACUUCUUUACAAAGGCACUGAAGUACCAGUGGGAGAGGACCAGUUUUGUCAUAUAGAACUUGCUCGUGCGCUCGCAAAAUUAUUCAACAAUCGAUUUGGACACCUCUUCCCCCAACCCUCAAUACUGCUGACUGAUCUUCCGCGAAUAAAAAGUUUUCGCCAGCCAGAUAAGAAAAUGAGCAAGUCAGAGGCAAACCCAAACAGCAGAAUAGAUCUCACAGACUCUCCGGAUGAAAUUAGAAGGAAAGUGAAGAAAGCCGUAGUAGAUAGCCAUUCUGAAUUAACGUAUGACACGGACAAUAGACCAGGCAUCUCGAAUCUGAUUGGUUUAGAAUGUGCCAUAACUCAAAAAUCACCAUCCCAGGUUUGUGAGGAAAAUACAGGUGUCUUAACUGGUCAGUACAAAUUAAAAUUAGCUGAUCUUCUCAUAGAGGAACUGACUCCUAUACGACUUCAAAUGGAACGAUUGCUGAGUGACCGACACCAUUUAAGCGGUGUCAUUAAAAAAGGACGUGAUAGAGCUAUGGAAAUAGCUGAGCCGAAUAUAGCGGAAGUGAAAUCUCUAGUCGGGUUUAUGUAAUUGAUGCGUACAGUAGAUACUGCGAAAGCUGCUUAACUUAUUUACCCCCUUAGAAACAUUUGAACUCUUCCAAUUCAAAGGUUGAAAUAGUUCAUUAUGAAAUUUCAGGGGUGAAUGAGUAAAGGUACAGAGUCCCGCCUUUUUUUCUUCCUAUACUUGCCUUGAAAAGCUAUUUUCUUGUUAAAUUCAUGUUAUUUUCUUUUCAUUUCAUACAAGGAAAAUUACCGUUUCUUGGCCUGUUUUACAGGUUAAAGAACUUUUUAAAAUAAUUUCCAGGUAUGUUGCAGAAAAGUUUUAAUACGACAUAAAAUAAAAUCAUUGCUAUAUAUCAAAAAGGUCUGCAUGGGGUUCAAAUCCCUGACGCAGAGGCGUUUUUAUGAAAAAGGAAAAUUAUAAUGAAUGCAUCAUGGUGUGUAACCUUUGCUAAACUGUACUGUAAAAGUUUCAUAUUUUCUUGUGUUAUGUUUGUUGUGUAUUAACAUUCGUGGUUUUCGUGGUUGCUAUUGAACCACGAAAAUAAAUACAAAGAAUUUGACUGAUAUACGUGUCUACUGUUUGUUAACAUUGGAUAUCCACGAAAGUCUGUACCAGGAAACGAUAUAAAUAGCUUCAAACCACGAAGGAAAGUACCCACGAACAUUUCCUGUUAUACAGUACUGUAUAUAGUUUAUAAUGGGCUCAUAAUUUUCCUCAAAAUGAAUGAAGUAUGGAAGUUGCUUCGUAUACUCAUGUCAAGAGCAAUGUCAAUAAUUACCUUUGCAGAAAUUAAUUGUCAAAAAUAUUCUUGAUUUUGACUGAAAAGUAACGUUUGAAUGCGAAAUUUGAGUGGCACAAAAUUGCAAUGAAAUUAAUGAAAACACCUACCUGUACAUGCAUUCCUGAAGGAUCCAUGUAGUCACUAUUA